UGGUUUUCCACAAAAUUUGACCAAAUCUUGAGAAAAGAGUUAGUCACCAGUCCAUUGAAUGUAAUAAACCCCACAACAAUAAAAAAUUAAUAACUCUGUUUACUAGGUACAAUACAUCUAUAUAUACGUAUAUGCAUUUGAUUUACUGUGCAUGCAAAUCAGUACGUACUGGAGAAGGAGUCAUGGCAGAGAAUGAGGUGAAGUUGCUGGGAAUGGAGCCGAGUCCAUUUGCGAUGAGGCCAAGAAUCGCUUUUAACCUGAAAUCAAUAAAUUACGAGUUCGUGGAGGAGACAAUGGCACCCAAAGGCGAGCUUCUUCUUCGAUCCAAUCCCGUCCACAAGAAAGUACCAGUUCUCAUCCAUGGUGACAAGCCCGUAUGCGAGUCUCUCAUCAUCGUAGAGUACAUUGACGAAGCAUGGUCGUCUUCCUCCGCUCCCUCCAUUCUCCCCUCCGAUCCCUACGACCGUGCCACUCACCGAUUUUGGGCAGCCUAUAUCGACGAAAAGUGGUCCCCAUCCCUGAAAGGACUUGGUGUUGUGGAAGAUGAAGAAGCGAACAAAGCGACAAUCGAGCAGUUGGAAGAAGGGUUAGUGCUGUUAGAAGAAGCAUUUGAGAAGAUGAGCAGAGGGAAAGCUUUCUUCGGGGGAGAUGAAAUUGGGUACCUUGACAUUGCGUUGGGAUGCUAUUUGGGUUGGGUGAGAGUGAUGGAGAAAGCUAAUGGAUUGAAGCUGAUUGAUGAGUCCAAGACGCCUUGUCUGGCGAAAUGGGCGGAGAGCUUCUGCAGUCAUGAAGCGGUGAAAGGUGUGAUGCCGGAGACCGAGAAGCUUGCGGAGUUUGCUAAGGUAAUCUUUCCGAGAAUGGCAGGUGGCAAAUAAAUUUGUGGAUUGGGUUUGUUGAAGUACUAAAUGAGUUGUUUUGGUUUUAUGGGUAUUUAUCCUUUGUCAGGAUGGAUUGACUUGUUGUUUGAAACUUGAUAUUU